GAGCCCCCUGAAGGGGAAAUGAAACCAGCUCCACAAAAAGCAGUGUUUCAGAAGUUCUGACAGUCAACGACGAGAGUUUAUCUGCAUCCACAAAGAGAGUCACAUGCACAACGCUUGUGUCUGUGUGUGGACACUCUCCCACUUCCCUACUCUGAGAUAUCCUCAAACACGCCUAUCAAGGGCCCCACAAAGAAGAGGAAACAUCAGGUGCUUUGUUUUCUGGCUGAACUCAACUCUUUGUGCGCAGAAGAGGAAGAAGUGACGACUGCUGAAAGUGCAGCAAGUCCAAAAGUCACACUCAAGGGAUUCGACUGAAACCAACGUGCUUCUGCUUUACCCACAAGGCCACGUGAGGACGGAAGAGGAGAACAGCUCCCCCCCCGUGUGCGCCAUGUCUCCGCUCGCCGCUCUGCUGCCGCUGGUCUUCGCCGCCGCGUGGUGCCGCGUGAGCGAGGCCGACGUCGGGGGUUUUGCCCCCUGCCUGCAGGUCUUCUACAAGUCUUGGCCCCCUAAAGGUCUGACGGGGACCCCCGUGUGCCAACGGUAUCACGACCAGUACCGCUUCGCCACGCUGUACAGCCGGCCGCGCCGCUCGCCGUGGUUCUCGGCGUAUUCGUACUCUGUGCCAGCGGGAAAGAGGCCCACCCCCUCCUGGAUGUUCGAGCCGCAGCUGGCCUACCCAGGAGCCAAGGGCAACAUGGCCCCCUUCCCUCCGGGCCCUCUGGAUCGCAACGUGGUGGAGAGCCAGGCGGUGGAGCCGGACUACAUCAACUCCACCUACACCCGCGGCCACCUGAACCCCAGCCUCCACCACCAGAUCCACGAGGACCGCGCCGCCACCUUCACCCUCACCAACGUGGUCCCUCAGAAGGCGGGCUCCAACGACGGGCCCUGGGAGGACCUGGAAAACCACGUCAACAAAAGCCUGGCGGCCUUCUGCCUCGGGGAGGCUCACGUGGUGACCGGUGUCGUCCCGUACCGGGGCGACGGCCCCUGGCUGGGGGGCCGGCGCGUGGCCGUGCCCGAGUACCUGUGGUCCGCCUACUGCUGCCCGGUCUACAACCACAGCCUGCCGGAGGAGCUGCGGGAGGCCUUCCCCACGCACGCCGCCAUCGGACGCAACGACCGCAACAGCACCGAGGAGAUCGUCCCCGUCAGCCAGGAGGCCAAGAGACAGUUCAGGGGGUUCGAUGUGAGAAGAAUGCCUCUGAAGACCCUGGAGGAGCAUCUGAAGGACCGACUGGGUGUCGCCGUCAGCGUGUUUUAUGAGCAGUGCUCGGGAUCGGACUGACACCAACGCAUUCUGAGUGAAUGAUCUACCAACGCUGAUCCUAAUAUCACUUCAUUGAGGAUCAGAUGAAGUACUGUGCCAUGCGAAAUGUGUGUAUACGUCCUACCUAAAAUAAUGAUAAACAUUCGCAAAACUCUCUACGGGGCUAUAAGUCACCAAAUGUGCUUAAUGUGAAGUUGCAAAAAUCUACUAAUUAAAAGUAUUCAAACUAUUGAGAACACCCGAGAAUUUACUUUAAAAAAAUACAGGUACAUACACAGGUGAAGGUUGGUUUAGCUUAGCAUAAACAGCCUGGCUGGUUUUCAGACCUUUGUUUUCAUACUGUUUCCAGGCUUCAUGCUCAGCUGCUGGCUGGAGCUUCAUACUUUCUGUUUUCUCAUCUGACCGACUGCGAAGGAAGCAAACUACAGCAACUUCCUCAAUCUUGUGUUUCAGGCCUUUUUUCCUUGGGUUGACCUAAACUAGGCGUGGUGACGCCAGGAGAAGGUCGGGUAUCCCGAGGUGACCACUAGGUGGUGACCUUGUGACACACAUGCAGAAGGGCUUCUGCUGUCUGGGUUCUGCAACCCACAGUUUCACCUCCACAGGUUUCAUUGGUCAUUAAAAACAACACCAGA